CGGUAAUCACUUAAUCAGUGUAUAGGCGUUGGUGCAUGCAUAGGAGGUCAUAUUUGUUGUUAUCUUCACUUAAUGUUAUUUAUAACCUUCAAUCGAUAAUUUGAUUGCAUUGUUUGUUUGACGAAUUUGUAUCUAGCAACAAAAGGUUACAGAUUUAGAAUGAGUCGCAGAAGAAAGAGCGAAGUGGACAGCGAGAGUGAAAGCGAUGUUGAGUAUCUAUCCAAAAAGUUGCAAACGUUGAAAGUGGCUACUGAGAAACGCGACAUUAACGUAUUGCUGUUGGGAGAAACCGGAGUGGGAAAAUCCACUUUUAUAAACGCCUUCUUUAACUAUCUCACUUAUCCCACCCUAAAGCAAGCAAGAAAGGGCAAUCUUGUUACACUAAUUCCAGCAAAAUUCACAAUCGCCGACGAGAAUUACGAAGAACGCAUCAUUCAAGUUGGAGAAGACAACAAUGAGCUGAUCGAAGUUGGAGUUUCCGCCACCCAGUCUUGUAGAUCUUACGUCUACCCGAUUCAAGGCGGCAAGUUUAGGAUACGAUUAAUUGACACGCCCGGCAUUGGAGACACUCGUGGAAUAAAUCAGGAUAAUAUCAAUUUCGAAAAUAUUCUCUCGUUCAUAGGCGAAAUGCAGCAGCUGAACGCAAUCUGCAUUUUGUUGAAACCGAACAAUUCACGGUUGACUGUCAUGUUCGAAUUUUGUAUCAAACAGCUUCUGUCGAGAUUAGAAAAGAGCGCAAGUAGGAAUCUAAUUUUUAUAUUCACUAAUACGAGAAGCACGUUUUAUCGGCCCGGAGAAACAUUGCCGGCACUUAAAAAACUGCUUGGUGCCAUCGACGGAGUGCACAUUCCUCUGCACAAAGAAAAUAUCUUCUGCACUGAUAAUGAAGCUUUUCGGUUUUUAGCAGCCGUCAAUAAUGGCGUUCGUUUCUCUUCAAUUGAUGUGGAUAACUUUGCCCAGAGCUGGAAGAAAUCCGUUCAAGAAUGUUGGAGAAUGCUUACGUAUAUCACUGGAGAUUCAAAUAACGUUGCCUUGGUACCUCAUGAAGUUAAAAAUACAAUUUCUGUCAAUGAGGCUCGCCGUUUAAUCGUUCAGUUGUCACAACCUCUAGCCGAUAUCGCGCAACUGAUUCUGGACAACAUUCAAUGCUUGGAAAGACACAAACAAAACUUGCAUCAAAGCAAUAACUCGCUAACCGAACUUAAAACAAAACUGUAUAUACCGACGAUCAACUUACGGGUUAUAGAGAUGGCCGAACCUACUACAGUGUGCACAAGUCCCAAGUGUAGCACCUUGUAUAAGGUAAGAUUACUUGAUUACUUGCCGCUUCUCCAGGAAUUUAGUCAACUGUCGUGGGGAUAUGUCCCUGGUUAGGGAUGGGCGA